ACGGGCAGGACGGGGCCGCAGCUCCCGCCGUGCCUCAGUUUCCCCUUCUCUAGGCGUGGAACGGAAAUCUAGCGGCCGAGCCCGGGGAGUCCCAGCCGAGCCCGGGGAGUCCCAGCCAAGCGCGGCGGCAGGAGCGCCCUGCGCGUCCCUGGAAGACAUUCCCGGUGGUCCCGGCCGGAAUGGGGUGCGGGGCCGCUGGCAGGCGGAGCCUGGCUCGCUGUGGGGAAGCAGACUGGAGGGAGCUGCGUGGUCACUGCGGGGUGGUGGGCCACGGCCUCGUCCGCUCCGAGCCCUGAGUCACGCUGCUGCCUCCCCGCGUCUUGCUGCGGGGGCAGCGGGGUGAUCGCUGAUGCCUGUCUGGGUAGGCAGCAGGUGCUGGGUCAUCCCGGCGCCUGGACACGGCCUUCCUGGGGUGGCUCGGGGAGUCAAACCCCUCCCUCGAGGGCGUCAGGGGUGGGGGCAGGGCAGGGUUGUGCCCAGGGCAAGGCCUGCCCAACAGCUGGCCUUGGAGACCACUUCCACGCCCCCAGCACCUCUCAUGCUUCCUCACUCCGGGCCGCAGCUAGAGUGAACGUCCUGCUCUUAAACCUCAGGCCCCCUUCCUCCAAACGGGAUGUCACAUGCUCAGCACAGGCGGGGCCUGGCCUCCUGCUCUGGGCCUGCUGACCGCUGUUUUGUUGCUGCUGUUUGAGCUCAGAGCCCUCUUCCAUGAGGCAGAUGUGAUGUGAUGGCAGCUGUAAGGGGUGCCUCCAGCUGGUAGCCUUCAAAAGUACUUUCUCGCACUUGCUUGUUAAUCCUUUGGGCAACCUUUUGGGGCAUGUGUUCUUUGGCCAAAUGCUGUGAAGAAUACUCAAGCUGAGGGACAGAUGGUGUUCCCAAGGUCACUCAGAGCCAGGCCAGCUCCUAGUGGCUCUGCUCCUCCUGGGCCCGUCUCCUGGAGCCUUCCUCAUCAGGUGACUGGUCAGGUGGGGUGGGGGCAGCUGGAGAGGGUGGCUGUGUUGUGUUGGCAAGUGGACACACCAGAGCUUCUGUCCCCCUCCACAUAGCCCCCCGGGAUCUCAGUGCUCCCGUGGGGCAGAGUGAGUUGUCCUGGUGCUCCCACCCCUGCAGGCCUCUGACCAUUCACCUCAGUCCUGUGGCUUCAUGUUACUGGCAUGUGCGCAUGCCCCUUGGUCCAAGGGCGUGUUUAUGUUACUGCAGGCCCCUCGGUCCAGGCCUGUUCCAGCGUGUUUGACAACAGCCCUUCUCCAGAUGAAUGCAGCAGGCUAUCAGCUCUGCCCCAGCCGCCCAGCCCCUCAGCUGUUACUGCUUCAUGCUUCCUCUGUGUCAUUUGUGAGCUGUCGUUUUGAUCAUGUUUCACCGUGGGUGUAACCAUGGGCAGUGUCCUGGGGACUCAUUCUUGUACAGGCUUCCACCCCAGGGGGCAGACUCUCUAGACACACUGUGGAUGCUGCUUCCGAAGACAUCCAUGGAGAGAAACGGCCUGGGGCAGGGGGACGGAGAAGGCCUCUGGAAGUGGGGCCACGCUUGUCGUUGACGCUCCAGAUGUGUGAGAACUGGGUCCAUCUGCUGCUAAGAUGUCAGUCGGCACGUGAGGGCAGCACCACACAGUCUGGCAUCUGUCGAUCUGGACCAUGGGGUUUGGUGAUGGGCUUCAUGAAAACAAGGUCGCCUCAGAUCCAGUGAGCUGCUCUUUUUGGGUUAUCAGUGCAGCUUUUUCCUUUUUCUUUCAGUUUUUUUUUUAGAUUGCAAAACAAUAUAUGCACACUUAAGAGUAAAAAAGUCUGGCCUCGUCUCCUGGUGCUGCUAACACUCGGGGUGCGUCCGUUGAGGUCUUCGGGACCAUGCUAGCUUUAAGAGCUUGCUUUUAUCCUCUUUUGAGGGGUUAGUGGGAGUGGUCUUUCCUUCUUUGUUAAUCCCAUGGGCCACAGGGGCCACUGUGAGGCUGAGCUGGCCCCUGGCUUGUAGAGAAUCCCAUUGUUCCUGCCAGGAGGAGCCGAGGAGCUUUCUGUAAUGCUCACUGUGUCCCUCAUUUGUGCUGCUCCUUCGAACUGUGAAGGGACAAUGAUACUUGGUGUGAGGCUGAAUUAGUGCUCCAAAAUGUCUCAAAGAUCUUAGGAGAGAGUAUAACUGUAGAAAAUUUGUCAUGGUGAAAUGCCAAACAGCAAAGCGUAGAUUGUGGAGCUCUCAGUCGCCAAGCGGGGAGGAAGGUGGAGUGCUGCAGGGCUGGCUGCUCAGAAUACUUACAGAUGUCAGGGCUUUCUCAGCCAAGGCCCUGGGAACAGCGACACUGUGUUCCCAUGUGUGUUUACCUCCUCUGCUGGCAGCCGCUGGGAGGAUGUCACACGUCAGGCAAAAAGAAGCUCAUGCUUUCCAGCUCCAACCCUGGGGGCUGCCACAGCGACAGCGUGGCCGCACGGGGUGGGGAUGGGUUACCUGACUUCUCAGCCCUGCCUCUUGAAGCCCGAGGGACCCCAGCCUUUGCACAGCCUCUCAAGACCAGAUGGAUGGGCUGGCUGGCCUUAAAAAUGUACUCCCAAAUGUGUAAAGUGCUUGGCAUAACGAAACGGGGCUGCAGAUUCUAGGGCCCAGUUAACCCUUGUCCAGAGCCUUGAUGUGUGCAGGUCUCCGGGUAGGAGACAGAUUUCACGUGAACUGGGAGCCUCACUUUCUUGAGUAUCUUGGCCCCCUCGGCCCUGUGUUCUGGUGAAAAUACCUCCCUUGCGUGCGUCCCUGUCAUUCAUUGCUGCAUCCUGACUUGGUGCAUCUCCCCUCCGACCAGAUGCCCUGUUUGCCUUUUUAGUUGACAAAGGAAAGAGUUCCUGCUGAGGGUGCAGGCCCCCCUUACCUCGUCGCCCCCGGUUGUCAGAUGUGGCUUCACUCUCCACUCAGGCGGGUGGCGUUGUGCAGAGCUCACAACGGCCCAGCUGUGCUGGGUGCUCCUCUGAGGCCUUUUCAGCCAGGGCUGAGUCCGUUCUUGUCCAGUCUCCCGUGCACAGCCUCUUCUUCCGGCCUUUCCUUCCUCGCCUCCCCCGGCCCAGAGGGACAUCUUGAAGCCGGUGGGGGAAGGGGGGCACAAUCUGUCCACUUGCUUCUGAUGCGCAGCUCUUGUGAAUGGACAGCCUGUUUUGCCCUGACACAGAACAUGCCUACCAUAAGAGUGUGCACGUUUCAGGUGUCUGGCUCUGUGGAUUGUGUGGUGAGUCCAGCCACGCGUUGUGUAAAGCCACAUGUCUCCCUUGUGUCCCCGUUGUCCCCUAAUCCAAGUGUUCCUGCCCUGACUUCUGUCCACACGGAUGAGUGCAAGUGCCGAGUGGUGUGCUCUCUCCUGGCUGGGGCCUCCCGCUCUGCCGCACGCUGCUUGGGUGCACGAACACCACUGUGAUGGACACAGGGUGGCUUCCAGUUCCGCGCUGCGGACUUGCUUGUCUGUGUCACUUCAUGGACCCGAGCGCCUGCAUAGCACUUGGCAUAGUGAGUGGGGUCGGGUGUGGCACGCUCAGAGUUUUAGAAGAUUCUGUGGAUAGCCAAGAGGGAGACUUGCCUUCCGGAUACUAGAGUGUGUGCUGAAGCUAAGGUACUUAAGCCCGUGUGUCAGGGGCCUGGUGACACAUGCAGAGCCCUAGGGGCCAUGUGACUGGAUGUCUAAAGUGUGGCUCAGGUGGGGCAGAUGACCUGCCGGUGGCUGGGAUGCAUGGGGGAUCUGUACCUCCUACCACUCACACAGGCAGACCACAGCCAGAUCCAAGAAGUAAGCUAAACCACAACCAUACAAGGAAGUCAAGAGGAGGGGCUCUUACUUCAGGACAGGGAGGGUGAACGCUGUGCAGUAAAGAUAAGGAAACUCGUGGUGAAAUAACAGACCGUUUCUGGUAGGGAGCACCCCAGGCAAGGCUGCAAGGAGUAGGGAUGCUGGGAGGAAACGUUUGCGGCUCGGAGAGCAGUCGGGGCGUGCCUGCCUACACCACGGCAGCCGCGCUGCAGAUCAGUGAGACAGCGGCCUAGAUUCAGUACCCAAACCAGGGACUCGUGGACAUGGGUGUGCAGGUGGCCAUUAGACACGCAGCCACUGGGGGAUGCCAUGGUGAGGGUGUUUCCUGCCACCAGAGGGUAAGCAGCGGCAGGUUCUGGUGCCAUUGGGGGACACCCCCUCUCAUGGCAGGCAGUACCUUUUUUGGAGGGAGUUGGGCUGGGUCUGUUCAUUUAAGAGCAUCACCCUCUGACCAAGCCAUCCUGCCUCCUGGGUCUCUGUCCUAGGAAGGUCCUCAGCCCAUUUGCAAAGCGUGUGCACGGGGAGGAAACUUGACAGGACCGAAAUGCCAACCAGAGCCAAGAGGCAGAGUGAAGGCACAUGUCCCCUGGGAAAGCAGGGCAGCGACCACGUGACCUGUGCGAGCAAAGCCACUCUCGGGGACCCAUGUGCAUCAUCUUCUUUAAGUUUGAUCCUCACCCCGUUUCCAAAAAUGCAUACAGGCUUAUCCUGGCAGCCAACAGGGAUGAAUUCUACCACAGACCCUCCAAGUUAGCAGACUUCUGGGGAAACAACAACGAGAUCCUCAGUGGGCUCGACAUGGAGGAAGGCAAGGAAGGAGGCACGUGGCUGGGCAUCAGCACGAGGGGGAAGCUGGCGGCACUCACCAACUACUUGCAGCCGCGGCUGGACCCGGAUGCCCGGGGCCGAGGUGAACUUGUGGCCCACUUUCUGACCACUGAUGUGGACAGCUUGACCUACCUGAAGAAGGUCUCCGCGGAGGGCCACCUGUACAACGGCUUCAACCUCAUAGCAGCUGACUUGAGCACAGAGAAGGGAGAUGUCGUUUGCUACUAUGGAAACCGCGGGGACCCUGAGCCUGUGGUCCUGGCCCCAGGGAGCUACGGGCUGAGCAACGCGCUGCUGGAGACGCCCUGGAGGAAGCUGUGCUUUGGGAAGCAGCUCUUCCUGGAGGUUGUGGAACAGAGCCAGGCACUCCCCAAGGAUGCCCUCAUUGCCCAGCUCCUGGAUGUGCUCAACAACGAUGAGGCGCAGUUGCCAGACCCGGCCAUUGAGGACCAAGGCAGGGAAUACGUUCAGCCCAUUCUGAGCAAGUACGCGGCUGUGUGUGUGCGCUGCCCGGACUACGGCACCAGAACCAACACGGUUAUCCUCGUGGAUGCGGAUGGGCACGUGACCUUCACAGAGCGCAGCAUGCUGGACAAGGACCCCUCCCACUGGGAGACCACCACCCAUGAAUUCAGGCUGCAGAGCUAACCCCCACCCCCAAGUGUGGCCAGCGGGCUCCCGGAGGGCCCUGCCUUGAGGGCCAGUGUGGAUGAGAAUCUUCCACAGCCACAUGUACUGCCUGUGACUUGGCCAGUGUCCCCCAGGACCAGGGCCCUCUGAUUUGUGUGUGAUCCAUCUGUGUCCCUGUGUCCAGCUCAGGGUCCACCCUUAUGCCAGUGGGAAUGACAGAGUCCCAUGGCCAGGUCUGGGGCAGGCCCAGAUGUGCUGCGCAUGUGUGAAUGCAUCUGGGCCUGUCCCCUGGCCAUGCACAGAGGCACAGAUGCACAGGCACACACGUCCACCCAUAGGGCAUGUACACACACGCAUGUACACACGCUCGAAUGUGCACACACUCCCAGGCAUACACACACACGUGUGCCAGAUAGGCAGCGGUGUGCCUCUCGCACCCACACAUGUUUCUGGCCAGUGGGUCUUUGCUUUGAACAAUGUAACAGAAGUAGACUUUUGUUUGAAAGCAGCCUCUCCUCUCCUGGGGUAGUCCAGUUCCCAACAAUCAGACCUGCUCUUGGAGGGGAAACAGGCCACAUCUGGAAUGAGGAACGAUAAAGACCUGAGAAAAACCCACUGUCAUAACAGAAGCACAGGUCUGGUGGUCCUUUGUGCACUGGGGGGUCCCCUGUGCAUGGGGCGGUCCUGUGGGAGGAGUGAUUCCCCCAUGCCCCGGGGGUCCUGUGUGCACUGGGGUGCCUCGGCAGGCUCUCAGGCCCCUGCCUGCCCGAUGAGGGCCAUGGGUUCUGGGGAGGCCCAUCUCAGUGAGGGGACACAGCCAGCCCCUGCUGUUUCCUUUCCCAGUGGGGAGUCAGAUUUCAUGGGAAUCUGUACUUGAACGUGAGACAUUGAUAAUAAAACUCUGAUGCUGUGGUGA